AUGCGCUUAAAGGCAGCAUUUCUAUAUGGCAUCUUCCUGGCUGUGACAGCCCAGAGAGUGCCCUACACUUCCACCAAGCAGAAAAACAUUGCUGUCCCAUCCCCGCCUGACCCCGAGCCCAUUGAGAUCAUUGAGCUUCCCCUUCCCCCGGUCACUCCGGAUGAAACCGAAGGCGGUUGUACACGAAAGAUCAACCCACAUGGGACGGGCUGCAUAGGUGCAACAGCAUCGAAUCUACUCAGCGGAAACUUUCUACCGGAUGGGGAUCAUGUCACGGCCUCCUUGGUCUUUACAGGGGCGCCCGCCGCUCCCGACCCGGCCAGCAUCUAUAACGGCCUCCACUUGAUCAUCAUCCGUGCUAAUGGAACAAAUUUCCCUAAUGGGGAUCCAUGGAAAUGCAUCACCUGCGGGGUUCCAGCUGAUCAACAAUACGGCCUCACCUCGACGAUGGACUACCAGUACCCCCAGGCGUUCACUGAUGGAACCCGGGUCCUCGCAGGAGCAUAUAUCAUCGAUUGCGGCACCGCGCAACUCGCCAGCCCAAAGUGUACGCCGGACAAGGUCCAUAUCUAUCCUAUCCGAUGGAAUAUCACUCCAAAUGGCAACGGCUCUGGAGGGGCCAUUCGGGAGUUGCGCAAGCACCCCGACGACGUCCAUUUGAGCUUCAACGCCAUGUCCUAUACCACCGGCACCAUAGCUCAAUAUGCCUAUUUUGCGCGACUCCAGUUCAAUCCCGCGCCGACGACAGGAACCCCCCUCACACCGCGUUAUGAUCUAGUCAAUGUCACCCUGCUAUAUGAUCCGACAGGCGAAACCCCUUUAUCCGCUAAUGGGAGCCACUUGACAAUCAACAGGCAGUCAAUCUCGGUGGGGGAGGCACGGGGCUUGAGUGGCCUGGGCGAUCAGAUCGACUACCUCGGAUUCCCUGCAGAAUCUUGCAAUGUCGAUAUUUUCGGGGCCAACCUCAAGACCGGAGAGGUGACACGAGUGACCUACGGCCCAGAAUACGUCGGCCCCAUGGACACGUCCUCGGAUGGCAAGUGGGUGGUAAUUAUGGAUACUACGACCUCUGACCGGAUGAUGUUUCUGGCGGGGAUGCGAGGCGUACCACCCCUUGUCGACACUCUGAUUACGGGGGCCAUCUCUUCUAUCCGAAACAACGGCCAUCGGCGAUUCUUCCAGCCGUGGCUUUUCGAACGCUACGGCGCCCGUGAUCACAAAGAUAGCCGCAACUAUCAAGGCCAGCAGAUCAAUGCCGGUGGAGAUAGCCACCCGGGUAGCGUGAGUGACCCUCUCUGGAACGGCGGCGCUGAUCCUCGAUUCUCUCUCGAUGGGACCAAGAUUGCGUACUUUCAGCUUCUGGUCCAAACCCCUGACUGCGGGGGAAGCAACCCGUUACCGUGUCCAAACUCCACUGAGCCGGGCCACCGCACCGAACGGCUCAUGAUGGCAACGCUGUCGAGCCGCGAGCCAAUUCCAUGGGCACCUAUGGACCCGGUUUCUGAUACUGUGCCCUGGGGACAGCCAUAUGUUCCGGGAAGCGCACCCCCGGAUCAAGCGCUUGUUCCCUAUGGCAAUUUUACCUUGACCGGCCAGGUGAGCGGCCACGCUAAGGUUUCCUUUGUUGCCAAUAGUGCUGGCACUACUCUUGAAACUGUCCUCGCCACGUAUUAUAAUUACUCUGAUGAUGGCGACAACUUCAUCAUGGGUACCGAGAAAGUGUCCACGUCAUACCCAAAUAUGACUCUAAUUCACGUGGACUGGUUCUCGGACUUGCACUCGACCGGCAUCAGUAAGAGCUCCAAGUUGACGAGCCCUGGUGGGUUUUACUUUGAUAUUGAUAUCAAUAAUAACAAGUUUUACGCGAAUGGCACCCUGACUACUACAGUCGAUGGAGUUGUCUAUCGCCAACCUGAAAAUGCUACCUAA